GAGCUGAUUCACUUGAUUGUAUACAGGAAUGAAGAUUAAAAAUAAUACGUUGUAGCAAUACGUCACUGGUUAUAAAGUGUUAACAAUUCAUUUAUAAGUAUGGGAUGUUGUUAUAGUUUUUGCAAAGAAGACAGCGAUCCGCAGAGUGGGGAAGCAAAUGAAAGGACACAUUUGUUGGUAGAUCCUGUCAGUAAUAACACAAAUAUACCUAGAGUACACAGUGAUGAUUAUGUUAACCAAUAUGCAAGUUCAGCACCCAAAAAAACAGAUGAACAAAGUGCAUUAAAUAGAAUUUUACAUGAAACAGCUGCUAAUGUAAUAGAUGUUGGAGCACUAGAUUCACACAACUUAGAACAGCACGAAUAUAUGGAUAGAUCACGUGCAUAUUCUAAACGUAUAGAAGCUGGAGGUAUUAAAGUACCUGAUAGUACAUCUUGCUUACUCAAAGAUGUUCCUGCCCCAGAAAAAAUAUUGGCAGCAGAGCCUCUUGAUGCUGAAGAUCAUGGACUGAUAACAGAAAUGCUCCAUAAGGCUGUGAUAGCAUUAGAAGAUGUUAAUGUUGAACACAAGGAAGAUUUAGUAGUUCCCUUUUUAUCGUGAUCUUUUGGCAUUUCCUCAGCAGGAUUACAUCUUGCUUGAGUGAAAUCAUUGUACUACACAACACUAAAAACAUCAUACAUCUUUCCAAAAUCAAUUUUCGAUAAGUUAAUCUGAAUUUACUUCAGAUUUUAGAAUAGAGUGGGGCUAAAGUCCAACGGGUAAAAUGCCCUGAACUUUAAAUCUCCGUUUGUAAACAGUCGGUUGAAUAUCGCAUAAUGUUAUUUAGACAACGAGCAUUAGCAGGAGGGACUGCGGAGUCGUCAUUCGUUUACGAGCGUUCGUGCGAGUCUUCGUCAUACAAAGAUCUUAAAUUUGGAACUUUUUAUACCCUGGACUUUUAGCUCCACCCUAUCUUACUUGAAUAUGAAUAUUGAUGAAGCAUUAUAAUCUGGUGUAUUGUAGACAAAAGUUCAGGUACUACUUCUUAAUAACGAAAUGUUAAAAUGGCUUGACAGUUUCUGAAUAUACAAAAUUGUUUUAAGAUGUUACAAGUUAAUAUAUUUCCAAACGACCAGUUUUUAAUAAAAAAGCUGAAUUUGGUAGUGCUUUUCCAUAAUUUAUAUACGAUACUGUAAAAAGAUAAAACCACUGUUAUUAAUCUCCACUAAGAUGUAUAUCGAGAAACAAUAUAAAAGGGCUAUUUUGUCAUAAUUUAAUAAACGCAGUCAUAU